CGGGGAGCAGCUAGCGGACAGCGACAGUCUGCGGGGUGCUCUGGAAGCUAUCAACCGACGCCAGCGUGAUCUGGCGGAUCCGACGCUGUACUACCUCGACCACUUCCGCCCUCGUGUCAUGUAUCCUCGGCAUGGUGAUGUUGAUGGACAGCCUGAAGACAUUGGUUAUGGUUACCAGAAAUCUCUUGGCCCCUAAGACAGCUGGAGUGUUCGAUGCCAUUCCAGCUCCAGAGGGUGAGUUGGGAAGCCACAGUCCUGGAGUUGAAACUCACCACCAUCCCACUGGAGUAGACCUUGAAAAUAUUAUCUUAGACUAUAUCGAGGAAAACAUGGAUAAUUCAGAUGGCAUAGAUCCUCAAAGAUACCAGUACGAGAAUAAAAAUUCAGACUCAAAAAGAUCAGUGUUUCGGGAGAGGGAUAUAAAUGAUCUACCUGACAUACUUCAAAACUUGUACUUUGAUAAGGAAAAUUCUGAACAAUAUUAUGAAAACGGAGAACAUCCUCACGUAGUUCCAUCAUCUUUCCGGGAAAGAUUUUCAUCUAAGCCCUCAAGAAACAGCCCUACACGAAACGCCCAAAGUUUAGUGAAAAGUUUUGGUGGGUUGAAUAGGGAUACCGAUAACUUUCCAGAUAAUGAUGAUGAUCCUGACGAAUAUCUAUCCAUGUUGAAUUCUGUUUGGGAGAAGUACCAAGAUAGCAAUCCUGAAACUUUUGAUCCAGAAGAUCUGUCUGAAACUGAUGUUGAAGAAAUACUAGAUUACCUAAACCAUAAAGAAGAGAAGAAACGGCAGCAUGGUGGCAACUACGAUAUGGGCUAUGAUUUCUUCAAUUCACCACUAGCAUGGGUAAAACGUGAUAGACAAAGGCUGUCUGAUAAUCCUAAGCCACCCAGUGACCAGUUUUUACAUGCCUUAAAAUUUUUAAAUAGUCACACAGACACAUUGGAAUCUAUGCGUGAAGAAGAUAUCCCUGAUGAGGAGAGAGAUGCAGAUGUAGCUAAGUUGUUAAUGGAUGAACAGGCAAUUAAAAAUACUAAUCAUCACAAAAAGCGCUUUUGGAGAGGCAAUACUUACAAUGAACACUUUAAUAAUGUUGCAAAACGUUACCCGAUUGCCAAGAGAUCAUCUUCCUACUACACGAGCCCAGCUGUUUUGUACCAUAAGACUUCAAGCAAUGAUCAUUUCAAUUCGCGUAGGAAGAAAAAUGUAAAAAAUCAUCCAACAGAUGAUACAACAGAUCCAAAAGUUGCGAGAGAACUGAAUGAUAUAUUUUCUCCCUCUGAUAGCACAAAAGAAAAGGCAAACCAGAAUCCAAACAGCACACAAAAAUCACAUUUGAAACCAUCUGAAACAAAUAAUAAUAGCUCAAACAAUGACAAACCAAAUAUUUCUAACAGCUCUAAAACCCUCUUCCGGUGAAGUAAUUCAGAUCACAGCCAUAACUCCCAUGCACAUAGGAAACGAUCAGGACAGAAAGAAGAGACCAGUAUUGACUCUCAACAUAAACCACUGGAAAUGACAAAGAAGUCAGUCAAUUGGUCGGAUUACUUUGGAAUCGACAAGAGACGUAAAAAAUCAGCAAAUAAGCCAGGAAACGAUGGGUGGUUGUUAGAUCAGUACUUAAAGGCUUACUCAAUAUCUGCUAGAGCUAUUAAAGACCCUGGUGACAACCAUGAUGAUAAAACCCACUUUGAAAUUGAUAAGAAAAGUUCAGAUGACAUGGAUGCCAAGUUGAGAGCUAUGGAAGACAUGAUUGUGGACCAGGCUCUGAAGUACACAGGAGCCCAUGAAGGGAUGACUGACUCAGAGGAGGUUCAGGCCGUCAAGGAUCGAGUUAUCGCUCAGCUAGCUGCCGCCUACAGUCUGGAGAAGAUGCGGAAAGCCCUUAGCGAGUUUAAGUCUAGCAUUGCUGCUCAGAAAGCCUCAGCUCCUUUACACUCCACAACACAUUCCCCUACUGAUGUCCCUGAACAAAAAGAUAAGAGAGUUGCUGUCAAGAAGGAAAAAGCUGGGUCACCUCCAGAUGGCAAACUUGAGAAGAAGGAAGAAUCGGACAAUGGCAUCAGUGUUAUUCACUCUUCAGGGCGCACCCAUUCAGUUCCUUGGAGCGAGGAUGAAUCCUGUCCCGUGAUGGAUGACAUCGCGCAGCGCUGCAAGGAGAUUGCCAACAUGGCAGGAGACACAUCAGAGAUUCUGAGUAAUCUUUGUUACCAUCAUCAAAUCUGUUACUCUGUAGCGCAGAGACCGAGACGUCAGAUAGCUUGUGACAUGACGUUCUUGACGAAAGCCAACAACUUGUGUGGGGACAGUCCACGGUGCCGCUACACAGCGCGGCGCACCAUGGCUACCAUGCACUCUCUGCGUGGUGAUCCCUCACCGCUCGGCUGUGACUGGCGGAAAUAUACCUGUCUCGGCCACUACCUCCUCGCAAACAUGCGAUACACUAACAGUACCUCUGUGCUUUCCAACAUGGAUAAGGGCAGUGAGCAGGUGCAUAUACAGACAUUGUCACCCCUGCAGGAUGCUGCUGAAGUGGAAGAUGAGUCUAAAGAAGUUGAUACUUCAGAUUAUAUUCCGCCAGUGUACUCAGAAAGAACGGUGAUAACCGUACAACCCCACAGUUUCCUAGGAUCAAGUGGAAUACGAAACCCAAUGCCUGUAGCUACAGUAACUGGAUGGGACAGCGGAAACAUCGGCAGCUACAUUCCUCUCACGGGUUUACAGUUUCUGGCCGGUAUAGACCAAGUAGACAUCCAGCAGACUGUGGAACUUCACGACUUGCUGGCCAAGAUAGAGUCAGAGAACCGUUAUAUUGUGAAGGCUGUGGGGGGAGAGACCGUGUUUGUUGGAGCCGAGACAUCAACGGACUGCCAGCGUCUUUGCUGUGGUUCAUCCCGAGCGUUUCAGCUAACCCUUAUUGACCCCACACAACAGCAGGCUGUGACAUACGUGCGCAGACUUGCUUGCUCUUCUGGCAUACUUGGCUGUUUCCUCCAAAGAUUGGAUGUCUACGUUCCACCUGGAGACUAUCUUGGCUGCGUAGAGCAACAAUGGACUCUGCUCAUCCCUCGGUUUAUUGUGCGCAAUGAGUGUAACAAGGAAUUGUACUACAUAGAAGGGCCACGGGUCUGUACAUGUGCUAUGUACACAGACGCUACAUUCCAGGUGUUGAGCGCAGAGUCUGGAGUCCAAGUGGCUAGCAUCGCCCACACCUGGGAACACACCCUGGUCAGCUACAACCUCAGCCUCACCUUCCCCUCACACCAGGUUGAGAACAAACAGAAGGCUCUUCUCAUUGGAGCUGCGUUUUUACUGGAGUACAUGUUUUUUGAGAGAGCAAAGAAAACAAGAUGUUGCAGCUGUUGGUAGAGAAUAUUUGAUCACAUAUAUACAAUAUUAGUUAGAGACUGAAUCAACAAAGAUAAAUAACAACGCCAAACAUUGCUUACAGUAUGAUAUGUUUUGGAAUGUUAUAACAUUUCAAUACAUCAAGAAAAAAAUUAAUAAAUUUGUGUAAGUGAAAAUUCAUUGCAUUUAUAAAAUUAAUACAAAAGUUGUUAUAAAAAUAUGCUUUCAGUUACUA